UUUCAUCACUCCCUCCCUUCUCUCUCUAUUGCUCCUCGCCUCUAAUCUUUUGCGCUCUUUUAGCACUAGCUUUAAAGAGAGGAGCUCCUCUGAGUUGGGUCUUUUCCUCUAUGAUUAAAGACGAUGGUUGUACUGGCUGCUGGGUGGCUUAAAGGCUGUAUAAAUUUUCUCUCUUUGGUGCCUCAGGAGUGCUCUUCGGCUGGCUGAAUCGUAUUCUUUUGGGUACUUGGUAAUUGUUCUAGUUGGUUCGUUUUAUGGAUUCGGAGUUCCUGUUCAUUGACAAGACCGGCUUAACUUCGGCCAUGGCGCUUGCAUGAAAUGUUUGAAAGAUUUUGAAUUUUCUGAUGGAUCUGCUCAUUCGCUACAGAGAGAGAAGAAGUUAAUUAGCUGAAAACUACUUUGUUUUUUGAAAAGCUCUAGCUUUUGCUUCUUCCCAAGUUCUUCACAACUUGCAACUAUGCCUAUCAGACAGAUGAAGGAAGGUUCGGAGCAGCACCUUGUGAUAAAGUCUCAAGCGAACAAUCCUACGAAUGCAGUUCAUAAAGCUCCCAGAGCUUAUCAUAAUUGCAAGGGGCAUCCGUCCCAAGAACGUCAGGUCUCGGAGGUGCAGAACAUGAACUCAUCUUCUGCGAAGAACAGAAGUAGGAGACGAAGCAGAGGAUCCAGGAAGAACGCGCAGUGCGACGAGCUCUCUAUUUUGAGGCCGCCAAAGGCUAAUGGCUGUAUUCUUCCUAAAGGGUGUUUGGAGAAUGAAGGUCCUGUGUGUGAUUCUCAGUUGGGAGUUCCUUCUUCAAGAAAAUCUCUGAGAUUUCCAACCAGGCCUGGGUUUGGGCAGUCUGGGACUAGAGUCAUUAUCAAGGCUAAUCAUUUCUUUACAAAGCUUCCAAACAAUGAUUUAAUCCACUACGAUGUGAAGAUAAAACCUGAGGUGGCAUCAAAGAAUGUCAACAGGAGUGUUAUUGAAGAGCUUGUGAAGCUUUAUAGGGAAUCUGAGCUGGGGACGAGGUUGCCUGCUUAUGAUGGAAGGAGGAGUCUUUACACUGCAGGGGAGUUCCCCUUCUCUUACAAAGAGUUCAGCAUCAAACUUCUGGAUGAAAAUGAUGGAACAAAUGGACCAAGAAGGGAGAGAGAAUACAAGGUAGAAAUAAAAUUUGUUGCAAGGGCAAGUAUGUACCAUCUACAGCAAUUUCUAGUUGGCAAAUGUGCAGAGGCACCACAGGAGGCUUUUCACAUUCUUGACAUCGUUUUAAGAGAACUCUCAAACAGAAGGUACUUCCCUGUGGGGAAAUCCUUCUUUUCUCCAGAUAUUAGGAGUCCACAACGGCUUGGCGACGGCCUCGAAUCAUGGCGUGGAUUUUACCAGAGUAUAAGACCUACACAAAUGGGCUUAUCCCUUAAUAUAGAUAUGUCUUCUGCUGCAUUUAUUGAGCCUCUUCCAGUGAUUGAGUUUGUUGCUCAGCUUCUUGGGAAAGAUUUCUUAUCAAGGCCUCUCACUGAUGCAGAUCAUGUAAAGGUUAAAAAGGCCCUCAGAGGAGUGAAGGUUGAAGUGACGCACAGAGGAAAUGUUCGACGGAAGUAUAGGAUUUCCGGAUUGACCACUCAACCAACAAGAGAGCUUAUGUUUCCCAUUGAUGACCAGUCAAUGAAAUCUGUUGUGGAGUACUUUCUGGAGGUGUAUGGAUUCACCAUACAACACACUCAUCUUCCUUGUCUUCAAGUUGGGAACCAAAAAAAAGUAAACUAUUUGCCCUUGGAGGCAUGCAAGAUUUUGAGCGGUCAACGCUAUACCAAAAGAUUAAAUGAAAAGCAAAUCACUGCUUUGCUAAAAGUUACCUGCCAAAGACCGCGGGACCGCGAGAAUGAUAUUAUGCAGACAGUUCAACAUAAUGCCUAUAAUCAAGACCCAUAUGCAAAGGAAUUUGGCAUAAAAAUCAGUGAAAAGCUUGCUUCUAUUGAGGCGCGAAUCCUUCCUGCUCCUUGGCUGAAAUAUCAUGAUGCUGGCAAGGAGAAAGACUGUUUACCUCAUGUUGGUCAGUGGAACAUGAUGAACAAGAAAAUGGUAAAUGGAAGCAAAGUAAGUAAAUGGGCAUGCAUUAACUUCUCACGAAGCGUCCAAGAGGCCGUUGCGCGAGGAUUUUGCAAUGAGCUCGGAAAAAUGUGUCAAAUUUCAGGCAUGGAAUUUUCUGCCGAGCCUGUAAUACCGGUCUACACUGCAAGGCCCGAACAAGUUGAGAAGGCUUUGAAGUAUGUCUGUAAUGCAUCAGCUUCAAAGGGAAAGGAAUUAGAGCUGCUAGUAGCUAUUUUACCUGACAAUAAUGGUUCUUUGUAUGGCGAUCUGAAGAGGAUAUGCGAGACUGAACUGGGGUUAAUAUCGCAAUGCUGUCUUACGAAGCAUGUAUUCAAGAUUAGCAAGCAAUAUCUGGCAAAUGUUGCAUUGAAAAUUAAUGUCAAGAUGGGAGGGAGAAAUACUGUUCUUAUGGAUGCAAUAAGCUGGAGAAUACCUUUAGUUAGUGAUAUACCGACGAUAAUAUUUGGAGCAGAUGUGACUCACCCAGAGAACGGAGAGGAUUCCAGUCCUUCGAUAGCAGCUGUAGUUGCUUCUCAAGAUUGGCCUGAAAUUACAAAGUAUGCGGGCCUGGUUAGUGCUCAGGCUCAUAGACAGGAGCUUAUACAAGACUUGUAUAAUACGUGGAAUGAUCCAGUUAGAGGCACUGUUAGCGGAGGAAUGAUUCGGGAACUGUUGAUAUCCUUUAGAAAAGCUACUGGACAAAAGCCCUUGAGGAUCAUAUUCUACAGGGAUGGUGUGAGUGAAGGACAAUUUUACCAAGUUCUUCUCUAUGAAUUGGAUGCAAUCCGAAAAGCCUGUGCUUCGCUUGAACCAAACUACCAGCCACCAGUCACUUUUGUAGUAGUUCAGAAGCGGCAUCACACCCGACUCUUUGCCAGCAACCACAAGGAUCGGUCUGCUACGGACAGGAAUGGAAACAUUUUACCUGGCACAGUAGUUGACUCUACUAUUUGUCAUCCAACAGAGUUUGACUUCUAUCUAUGCAGCCAUGCUGGUAUUCAGGGAACAAGCAGACCUGCUCACUACCAUGUUCUAUGGGAUGAGAACAAUUUCACUGCAGAUGGCUUGCAGUCCCUCACCAACAAUCUUUGCUACACUUAUGCGAGGUGCACGCGAUCAGUCUCUGUUGUGCCUCCAGUAUACUAUGCACACUUAGCAGCCUUUAGAGCUCGUUUCUAUGUUGAACCAAACACACAAGAGAAUGGGUCAUGCGGCACAGCAAGGAAUAACUGUGAAGUAGGAGAGUUUAGGCCAUUGCCUGCUCUCAAGGAGAACGUGAAGAGAGUAAUGUUCUACUGUUAGAUUUUUAUUUGUGGUAGAUUUAUGUAUAUCAAGGUAGCUUGAUUACACUUGUAAUUCUCUUUUACUCCACUUUUAUCAAUGAAUGGACUUUUGGCAUUGAUUUUAGCCUACUUAUUGCUUAAUCUCUUCGAAUUAAGUUGAUAAAAAACUAAUAUGUGCUUGUUUAUGUGAACCUUACCAUACUAAAGUUCUUAUGAUCAAUGAUGA